AUGACAGUGGAAGAUUGUCGGGUUGAGCUUGAUGAAGACAAACUCGAAGUAUUGAAUAGAUAUCGCGCCGCAGUUGAAAGCGCGCUCGCAAAAGCUGAUCUAUUGAAUUUAUUGGAAAUUACUGUCCUGCAAGCCUUGAUCAUAUACAUCGCUUGCAGCAGGCAUUACAAUAAAGGGCCAUACAUUAGCAAGUUUCUUGGGAAUGCCAUUGGAAUUGCCCUCAAAAUCGGCCUGCAUCGCGAUGCAUCCGCUUCACAACUACCACCCUUCCAAGUCGAGAUGCGGCGUCGACUCUGGUGGCAGAUCUACAUUCUAGAUAUCAAUAUCGCAGAGGAUUGUAGCACCAACCCGCGCAUUCUGGAGUCAUGGUUCGACACAAGACUGCCUUUGAAUGUGAGCGAUGCAAGUCUUGACCCUGAUAUGAAGGACCCACCUCGAAAAAGCGGGAAGACAGAGAUGGUGUUGAGCCUCACAAGGUCUGAGAUCAGCAAUUUUGCCCGCCGAACUAUCUUCCCUGAACAGUUUUGUGAAGAGAACUGCUACCCAGUUUUAUCAGCUUCGCAGAAAUGCACUACAAUAGAUCUCUUCAAAGAGAAAGUGGAACAGCAAUAUCUAUCGCAUCUAGAUCAAAGCAUUGCGCUAGACUAUUUCACAACUGUCUCCAGCAAUCUGAUACUCGCAAAGCUCAAACUGGCAGUGAUCAAACCCCGAGCGAGACAAGACCAGUCUAUGCUCACGCAUGUCAACUUCCGAAAGGUUUGCAUAGAGAUUCUGCAGGACACUUCGGCUUUGAAACGCCAUGGAAAGGUCAGUCAGUGGCUCUGGACUUUCCCAAACCACAUCGAGUGGGAUGCCUUGACAUGUCUGCUCAUCAACCUUUCUCUGGCCCCGAAAGGGGAGGCAUUGGAUUCGGCAUGGCAAGCGGUCAAUGAGACAUACGAGUACUUGAAGGUUGAUGGUGAUGCCCAACGUGAUUGCCGCUGGGAGAAUAUUGAGGAGCUACGCACCAAGGCUCUAUUUUCUCGGGACAUGAUUCAGAUCAACCCAUCCCAAUGGGGUGCUUCACCAGAUGAUGACAGCGGAUUUGAAGGAUCAAACACCGUGGAUACAGAAUCACCACAGCAGCUUGGAUUGGGGACAUUAAAGCGCCAUAGAGAAGACGAUAUUAGUUCUUCCCGUUGUUCCCCAGGCGAGUUGGAAUCCAUAGCCCCGAACUGCCGUUCUCAGGUACCAACCGUUCAAUCAGAAACCCAGGAACAGCUUCCCCGUAUGUGGGCGUUGGCAAAUGCUGCUGCGGUGGCCCCGACAGCUAUCGACAGUUCAUCUCACUUGGAACCAGCCACUGAACCUACGGAUAACCCGAGCUCAGGCACUGGCUGUCAGUGGAGUGCGACUCUCUUCGAGCGAUAUUUUCAGGUCCUGGGCUCUGAGCAAACAUCACCGUUAUAA